AUGACAGACGAUGAUACCUGCCUCAACUACUUGGGCCUUAUCCAUGACUAUAAGUCCCUACAAGCUACCUUCGCCUCCAUCAGUGGAGUUGGGUGCUUCAAGGUUAUGGUUUAUGAUAAUGCAGCGAUUAAGAUACGUGGACCAAACGCGUUGACAAACUUCAUGACCCCUCCACCGACAAAAAAGCCCAACGAAGCAGAGUUCUGCAAUUCAAAAGCAAUUGCAAUAAAGAGACCAAGCUGCAGAGGGCAUAAGAAUCAAAGAAAGAAAGCAAGGCAAAGGCGGCCGAAGUGGAAGAUAUAUUCCGAGAGCGUGAAGGCGAAUCGAGAGAAGGAGGAUUACUUCAGGUUCGACAUGCCAAAAGAAUAUUACUUUGGAUUUGAUAUGCUAGAUUGGAAGCGAGUGUUUGAUUUCUCAAUGUUAGAACCAAAAUACUCGUUACUGUUCGAAGAAACUCCACCGUUUCUAGAGGAGACAAUGCCGAUGUUAGUAGAGGAAGAUUUCAAAGGAAGUUUCCCUGAAUCUGGAUUCCCAAGAAUCACAAUUCAAAUGUACCAAACUUGUCUUCCUCAGGAUUCCAUUUCCAUUUUUGAUUCUUUUUGA